CAUGCAAAGUAGAGAUGUAGAGAUGGUAGCCACGUAGAUAAAGAGCUCCUUUUUUUGGAUCGGAGAUGAUUGCAGAAUAGAUUUACGAGAAUAAAGUGGCUCAUCUCCAAUCUAUCCCCGUAAGAAGUUGGGACUGUCCUCCUUGGAGUGGAGAAGGCUAAGAGGAGGUGGAAUAGUGUGGUCACAGACUAUGUCGGAGGUGAAACUGUUCCUCACUGGCGGAUGGAUCUAGAAUCGGAUUCCAAGUGAUUGCUUCUUUCACCAAUGGUGACAUGAGGAAGAACUCUUUCAGGCAGUGCACGGUUAGGAACUGGAAAGCACCGCGUGAAGAGCUCAAUGGACUAUCAAGGAAGCAUCCCAGCACUGUCGACAGUGUUUUACUGGAUGGACCCCUGACUGACCCUGAAGCUGGAGAACAAUUUGUGCAAGAUGCGUUUCAGAUCAUUUUGGAGGAGGCCAUCAAGAAGGGAACAAGUGUCAAUGAGAAGGUAUGUGAAUGGAGUGAACCAGAUGAGCUACAGGAUCUUCUUGACCUUGAGCUAGUUGAUGCUGGUGAGCCCCAUGAGAAACUGCUGGAGCGAUGCCGAGUCAUAAUUCGAUAUAGUGUCAAAACUGCUCAUCCUCGAUUUUACAACCAGCUGUUUGCAGGACUGGAUCAUCAUUCCUUGGUUGGACGUUAUAUAACAGAAACCCUGAACACAAGCCAAUAUACCUAUGAGAUUGCACCAGUUUUUGUACUGAUGGAGGAAGUGGUAUUGAGGAAGCUUCGUACGUUUGUUGGAUGGAAGUGUGGCGAUGGAAUUUUUUGCCCAGGAGGCUCUGUGUCCAAUAUGUAUGCUAUGAAUGUGGCCCGGUACAAGCUCUUCCCUGAAAUUAAAAAACGUGGUCUAUGGGAUAUGCCGAGACUGGCUGUCUUCACCUCUGAAGAAUGCCAUUAUUCUGUGACUAAAGGAGCUGCGUUCCAGGGUCUGGGCACAGACAAUGUCUAUUUGGUAAAAGCUGAUGAACGGGGCAGGAUGAUUUCAGAAGAACUAGAAAAGCAAAUUUGUGCAGCAAAGUCUAAGGGAGUGGUUCCGUUCCUUGUGAGUGCUACAGCUGGAACAACUGUCUUUGGAGCGUUCGAUCCUCUGCCAGAAAUUGCAGAUAUCUGUGAAAAGUAUGGAAUCUGGCUUCAUGUUGAUGCAGCCUGGGGCGGAAGUGCCCUCAUCUCCAGGAAACACUGUGAUUUGCUGACUGGAAUCGAGAGGUGCGAACUGCAAUUCAAUGAUCAGGCUGACUCUGUUGCCUGGAACCCUCACAAGAUGCUGAUGGCAGGGCUGCAGUGCUCUGCCUUUCUGCUCAAAGACAACACUGGUCUCCUGAAGACUUGUCACUCAGCCAAUGCCAGCUAUCUUUUCCAGCAAGACAAGUUCUACAAUGUCUGUUAUGAUACAGGUGACCAGUCGCUGCAGUGUGGCCGGAAAGUGGAUUGCCUCAAGCUAUGGCUGAUGUGGAAAGCUAUUGGUACUCUAGGCCUGGAGAAAAGGGUUGACCGUGCCUUUGCCUGCACUAGAUAUUUUGUGAAUGAGAUGAAGAAAAGAGAAGGUUUUAGACUACUGAUGGAGCCUCAGUAUGUCAAUGUUUGCUUCUGGUACAUCCCACCCAGCUUGCGAGGGAAAGAACAGAGUUCUAACUUUUGGCAGAACCUAGGAAAGGUUGCUCCAUUUAUCAAGGAGCGAAUGAUGAAGCGAGGCAGCAUGAUGGUGGGUUAUCAGCACCAUGGAACCAAAGUAAACUUCUUCCGACAGGUCCUGAUUAGUCCACAGGUCAGCCAGGAGGAUGUGGACUUUGUUCUGGAUGAAAUUGAACAUCUGGGAAGUGAUUUCCAGCUGGAGUAAUAUCAGUUCUCUAUAGUCCAUUGGUGAUCCAGUCUUCAAGUUUUAAAUUGAGCUCAGUUUAAACGAUCUUGUUCUCCUCUGUUUCUUCAGGAAAUUCUUGCUUGAACAAUUUUCAGUUGAUGGGAGCAUAACAAUUUCAAGAUUUUGAUUAAAACUGUCUUUUCAGACCUUUCUGCUGGCUGACUGUGUCCCACAUUUAGAUAUUUUGCCAGUUUCUGGAGACCGUGAACCCAGAUGCAAUCUGUCCCUUACCUGGCUUGUCCCAUUUAGAUGACAUUGGCUUGUUACGGUGCAGGAAACCCAUCUGGAGUGUCAGCUGAUGUACUCUGAACAAUUCAGAAGCAACAUUGACUGACUUGUAUUUAAUCCCUUGGCUGUCCCUGUCCUGGGAGUGUUUGGGGAUGGUGUAGAGGCUGCUUUACUCAGUAUCUAACACUAUGUACCUGACUUGAGUGUUUGAUGGGACAAACAUGUUUUAAUGAUGUAAUGCUCAUAUCGAAUGAAAAAUAAAUUGUUUGGUAAAAAUCU